AUGCCGAAAACCGCGCCAAUCGUCACCGCCAACGAGGUGGUGGGCAAAGCCGGCGACGAGUGGCCUUCUUCGGCUCCCGAUCAAGAGGCUCCCAAGCCCGGGCGCUCGGCGUUUUGGUGGGAAGCCCGGCCGCUGCCCGCGCAGCGAGGCUCCCGUCCGCGCAUCGUUCUGGUGGCCGUCGUUAUGAUUGGCGUCUUCUCUUUCCUCAUGUACAGCGUGUUCCGAGAUGCCCCUCGGGAGGGAAGGCAGUUCCCGCUGUGCCCGCAUGACCUGUCCAGCGUGCAGGCCGGCACGAGCUGCACUGUGGCGUGGUCAGCGCUGCGCACCAAGGUUCACCCGACCCAAGUCAGCGUUGGCUACGUAUGGGCACUUAAGCAUAAGGUGGAGAAGAUGUACUCGGAGGAGUCGGCGCAAGAGAGGAUGGACGGGAAGCACAUCCCGUGCAUCAAGCGCGGCAGCGAGCUCUACUUCUCCGACGGACACCAUACGCUCUCUGCCCUCGAUUCUUCCGGCUUCUGGCACCUUGCAGCACGCGACGCUGUUACCAUCGUCGUCCUCUGCGACCUGACUGCGCUCAGCGUCGCCGAUUUUUGGGCGACGAUGGGUGAGAAGGGAUUCGCCUACCUUUACGGCCGCCCCUCUGGGCCGUGGACAUCACUGCCGGAGCCACUCGCUUUCAGCGCGCUGCCCUCCCUCGUCGUCUUCAACAACCACGAGCCGCCGAGCUUCACGGAUGACCCGUGGCGCGCGCUUUCCGGCGCAUCGCGAAAGAUCUCGAACCAGAAGUCCUGCAAGGCGGCCGCAUCAAACACAAAGUACUGCAUGCGCGCCUAUGACCGCGUCUGCAACGCCGAAAAGGGAAACAGCAGCAUCUUCUUCUUCGAGUACUACUGGGCGCCCGCCGCCCUAGGCUACUUUUGGAACGCCGCGUGGCUGGACCCGUCGCUGUGGGAGACGGACCUGACCAACCGCUCCGACUACGACGCCUUCGCCGCCUCCGUCGCCUCGCUGCCGCAGGUGAGGCCCGACACACCCGGCCUGUCGACGGCGGACAUCGAGGAGGCGAUCAAGCUCUGGUUCGACGCAGCGGAGCAGCUCGUCCCCCUCUCCCGCUCCUUUGGAGCCCGCAACUACGUCCUGCCGGCCGGCUUCCUCGAGCGGCAGACCCUGCCCGGCCACGUGGCGGGGAUGGCGCCGCUGCAGGAGAAGGACCCCAAGUGCGGACAGGCGGCGGCUAGCUGCGACGUGCCCACGCAAAUUAGGGUCUAG